AUGUGCUAUCGAUUACAGGCGGCAUCGGUAAGCGUCAAUAGCUCCAUCGAGUGUCGGAAUAAACGGAAACGUAAGAUUUCGGUGUGGGUGAAACGUAUAAUUCAACCAAACAAAGAUCAGCAUUUUGGAAACAACGCCGCUGAUACUACCCACUCUACAACUAUGAAAAGUCUACACUCGCCGUCAGCUGUAACCGGCUCCAAUUCGCAGCGGCAUAAAAGAUCCGUGGCCCAUCGUAACUCCAGGGCUAGAAAGCUGACAGCAACGACAGGAACCGCCGCAGGCUACGAGGAAGUGGCUCCUCAAAAGCAAGAUCCCCAACCCCGUUCCGUAGUCUGGGAUAAGUCCGUGAUCAAGGACGAUCCACUACCUAGCGGCAUGAGACUGGAUUUUGACCAGAACCAUGAUAACGCCAGCACCGCUCCGUUGAUAUCCCACUGUUCGUCGUCUGCAAAAUCUUCAGUUUUUUCCGACGUAACAUCGUUGCAGUCUACGAGGGCAACGGUUCUCUCAAAUAAAACUAUGGACACAAACUCCAGCACUGUUGGUAUACCGCCUGCCAGUAUUCUGGAUCGAUCUAGGCAAGCUGGUGCCCCGUCCAUUUUUUCGAUAGCUACCACUCACCAGACUUCACAGGCUAACAGCGUACGACAGUUCUCGCUAUAG